UAUCUAUUAUUGAAAAUAAAAUGGGAGAAGUAAAACCCGCUAAAGUGGAAAACUAUAGCACGGGGACCGAUGCAAACACUCUGUUCGUGGAUGGGGAACGGGUUCUGUGCUUCCACGGACCGCUCAUUUACGAGGCAAAGGUUCUGAAAACAAAACCCGAUGCGACGCCGGUUGAGUACUACAUCCACUACGCGGGCUGGAGCAAAAACUGGGACGAGUGGGUGCCCGAGAACCGAGUCCUCAAGUACAACGAUGACAACGUCAAGCGCCGUCAGGAACUGGCUCGUCAGUGCGGCGAGCGCUCCAAGAAGGACAAUAAGAAGGGCAGCGCCAAGGCUAAGAAAAUGGAACAGAUGCGCAACGAAUCUCGUGCCUCGACGCCGUCUAAGGAUAGCAACACCUCGCAAUCGACCGCUAGCAGCACACCAACAACCAGCGCCGGACCGGGAACCAAAUCGGAAGUCGGGAGCACUGGCACCACGAAUACUAACAGCACCACCAACCCUACAACCAGCCGGGCCCACCGAAAGUCCACACAAUCGACGCCAUCCACAGCAAGACCUGGCACGCCGAGUGAUAAAAAGGAAGACCCCGCCGCAUCUGAGACCACUGAGGAUGAGGGACCGGUGGCGCCGAAAAAGAAAAGAAUGAGCGAACAACGACCUUCUCUUACAGGAAGCGAUGUAGCAGAAAAGGCUUUGCCGACCACCACCACUCCAGCCACACCCACCACGGAGCCCGCACCGUGUGUGGAAAGCGAGGAGGCCUACGCAGCUAAGGUGGAGGUCAAGAUCAAGAUACCCGACGAGUUAAAGCACUAUCUGACCGACGACUGGUAUGCGGUGGUACGGGAGCACAAACUGCUGGAGCUGCCCGCCAAGGUUACCGUGCAGCAGAUCUCGGAGCAGUAUUUGGCGCACAAGAAGUCCGUGAAAUCGACCAGUGCCAGCAAGGAGGUUGCCAUAAACGAUGUACUCGACGGAAUUGUCGAGUACUUCAAUGUAAUGCUGGGCUCCCAGUUGCUGUACAAAUUCGAACGCACCCAGUACGCGGAUGUGAUGCAGAAGCAUCCGGACACACCGUUGUCGGAGCUUUACGGAUCCUUUCACCUGCUGCGUCUGUUCGUGCGCCUUGGCUCCAUGCUCAGUUACUCUGCGUUGGAUCAGUCGUCCAUGCAGAACCUACUCACGCAUGUCCAGGAUUUCCUUAAAUUUCUCGUGAAGAACAGCUCAAUAUUUUUCAGCAUGAGUAACUUUAUCAACGUGGAUCCCGAGUACGUGCGAAAUGCACAGUAAGCAAUCAUCUCUCCUUGACUUGAAGUAAAUAUUUCAUCAAAAUAGUUUGCAAUAAUUCGGUGGUUGCUCCCAACAACUGGUUUGUAAAUUAAAACACAAGUAAAAUGUUUUGUCAUAAGCUAAUAAAUGUCAGCACCUUGUAAAGAUUA